AUGGCCAUUCUUAGUUUGAAGAUACUUUCCUUCAAGACGUACGACAAAGUCGAAAAUAUUCCAUUUUCUGCAUUUACGUGCAUUGUGGGCCCGAACGGGUCUGGGAAGAGCAACUUGGUGGAUGCGCUGCUCUUUGUUCUGGGAUCGAGUACUUCUGAGAUCAGAGGCACGCUGGCUGCAAGGAGCAGUCCCUCCCCAACCGCGGUGGAAGUCUCUCUCCGGGGCCAGACUGGCGUUGUAGUCCGCCUCCGAAGGGAGCUGCACAACGAAGUCUCGUCUUUCUUUAUAGACGACCGGAAAGUUGCGCAGUCCGAGUAUGCUGCGUAUUUGGAGGGGCAGAACAUAUCCACCGUCCACAGGAACUUUCUCAUCUCGCAGAACGAGUCCCUGAUAAAAUCCCCGAAAGACCUGACAAAAUUCAUCGACAAGAUAUCCGGGUCCUUUGCGAUGAAGGAGGAGUACCGGAGCCUGAAGGAGAGCAAGGACGCGCAUGCAAGGGAGUACCAGGAGAUUCUGGACCGAAAGCGGGCAGCCGAAGUCUCCUCGCGGGAGUACGAGGAGGUUCUUCUCCUGCGGAAGAAGCACGCGGAGCUUCUGGGGAAGAAGCGGGUGAUCUCCAGCGCAAAGAUUAGGGGGCAGCGCGAGUCCAUAAAGGAGGCGAAGGCAGACUUGAAAAAAAGGCUGCAGGAGGCCGAGAGAAAGCACGAAAUCUCGUCAGGGCAGGGCACAGCAGCCCCAGGGCAGAGGGAAAUUGCGAGUCUCCACACCGAGCUGAUCAAGUGCCGUGCGAUGAAGGCUGGAGUGCGGCACAGGGAAGACGCGAAAAAAGAAAAAGCUGAAGAGGCUGAGCGGGCCCAGGAAGAGCGCAGGAAGCGCGUGGAGGAGCUGCAGGAGAAAAUUGCAGAAGCAAGCGCCCACAUUGAGGAGGCAGACUGGCACGCCAGGAGGGCGAAGGAGAGCACCGUCUACAACGAGAGGUACGAGCGAGAGAUGAUUGUCCGGGCUCUCUCGGAGAUUCAGAAAAUAGAGGACUCGAAGAGCAUCCUGCAGCUGAAGAUCGAGCUCGGGGAAAUCCGGAGAGAAAUAAAAGAAGCCGAAAAAAAAGACGCAGAAGCUCCCCCCGAGGAAAAAACGAGCAAAAAACUCGCGCAGCUAAACCAGGCCCUUCUGGAGACGCUGAAGGAAAUUUCAAAAAAAGCGUACAAAACCAAAGAGGGCGAGUACAGUGCUCGCCUGGGGUACCUUAUUUCUCGAAUAAAGUCAACGGUUCCGCACGUUCUUGGGCGGGUCUGCGAUCUUGUCACGUGCCGGGAGGAGAAGUACCGCCAGGCAGUGCACGCUCUCCUGCACGGGAAGAGAAACGUGCUUAUAAUAGAGCAGGAGAAGCACGCUCUUUCGAUACUCAACGGCCUGGCGCAGUCUGGGGCUGGGCGAGUGACAAUUCUCCCGCUGAACAGGCUGCACGCAGAGAGGGAGCUGAGCGCGUGCAAAGAGAACAGGAGCGCGCAGAAAAGCGCAUCUGUUCCUGCGGGGUACGUUUUGUGCCGGGAUGUUGUGCAGGUCCCUGGCGAGGGGAGAGCGCACUUUGAGAAAAUACUCGAGUACGUGUGCGGGAAUGCCCUUAUAUACACGGGGGAUGGGAGUCCGGCGGAGAACAGAGCAGGAGAAAAAGUGGUUACUUUGGACGGAGUGGUCAUAUCCAGGGACGGAGUAGUGCGGAAAGUGUCGGCGGCGGAGAGUGCGGGCGGUUUGAGCGAGCUCGAGGAGAGGCGGGACCGGCUGCUGGCGGAAAUACAGCGGGAGGGGAAAAUGCCCUGCGAGUCUGGCCCUGGGAAAAGCCGGGAGGUGGCAGAGCUGGAAGAAAAGUACGCGGCUGCGCAGAGGCACUUGGAGGAGGCCGAGGAGGACGUGCGGGAAAAGGUGCAGCGGGUUUUGGAGGGCUCGAAGAUCCCCGAGAACGUGAUACGGCAGGCCAAGGAGGAGGGGAUUAUUGACAGCUCGUCCGCGGAGAGGAAGGCCGAGCAGUUCCUCAGGAAGAAGACGAUGUGGAAAAAUCGGCUGGACAUUUUGCAGGAGCACCUGGGAAGGCUGCAGAGAGAAAAAGAAAAAGACGCUCCGGAGGAAGACUCGCCGGAGGAGAGCGCAGAAGCCUUGGGGGCGCAGAUAGAGAUGCUUGAGGCGAGAAUCUUGGAAGCCGCAAAGAGAGAGCCCUGCGGGGAAAUAGAGAUCAAAAUCAUCAAAGAGCAGAUUCUCUCCCUUGACGAUGAGCUCGAGGAAAUAGAGCAGUACAUGGCCGAGGAGGGGAUCACCGAGGAGGAGGUCCGAAGUGCUCCAGCGCCUGCGGGGGAGGACCUUGAGAAAGUCCGGCGAGAAAUCGACAGUGUCCGGGCUCUCCUGCAGAGGAAGGGCGCAGUUGCAGAAACCCACAAGAUUUUCGCGCAGAUAGAGAGCGAGGCUGAAGAGAAGAAGCACGUGCUGGCGGAAGUCUCCAAGAACUUCCACCGCGUGCGGAAGGAGCGAGCGAGCCUUUUCCUGGGGACUUUUGACCGAAUCAACAGCCUGAUCAACAAAAAAUACGCGAAGUUGACGGAGAAUGUUUCGGGGCAUGUGCGGGCGCAUUUGGGGCUGGAAAACCCUGUGGAGCCGUAUCUUGCUGGCACGCAGAUAUUUGUGAUGCCCACCGGAAAAACCUUCAGAGAGGCAAAGUAUCUGUCUGGCGGGGAGAAAACAAUGGUUGCGCUGGCACUCCUGCUUUCUGUGGACUCGAUAUAUCCCUCUAUGUUCUACAUUUUUGACGAGCUGGAUGCUGCUUUGGACCGGGAUAAAAUAGCCUCUCUGCGGGCGUCUCUGCAGGAAAUACAGGCACAGUUUAUUGCAGUUACCCACCGGAUAGAGCUGUUUGAAACUGCAGAUACGCUUGUGGGGGUUGCACGCCCCCCGUCUGGGCACUCGCAGGUGUUUACGCUUCGCCUGUGA